AUGGUCAACAGUCUCUGGUUCAAGUGGAAGUCUUUGCGCCUUCCAUGGCGCAAGUCUCGUCUGGUCGGCCAGGAUCUGUCCGGAAACACCUUUUGGGAGUUCAAGGAUGCCCUCAACGCGGGCCGAUGGAGGCGCAUUGUCAAGUUUCACCCCAAGACCCACUAUUCGGAUGUGAAAGUUUCUCCACAAUGGCACCAAUGGCUCCGAUAUGUCCGCGAAACACCCCCUAGCGUCGCGGAACAACAGCAAGAUAUUGUCCGCCAGGUCCAGAUGAAGGAACUGGCCCGCUUGGCCGAUGAACGAUGGGCCAGUAAACCGUCUUUCCUCGACCAACCCAAGGCACAGCAAUCGAACCCGACGAUAGACGCUGCAAGCCAGAACCAAUCGAAUAUAGCCCAUGAUAGCGCAGCAAAUGUCAGCAAGGUGGAGAAUAUGCCAUCUGCCCCCGCAGCCCGGACUCGCAGUGCCGAACCGACACCCAAGAAAGAAGAGAACCCGUGGUUAAAAGCUGACGCCAGAGGUCCAGGAGAGGCCUGGCAGCCGGAGUCGUGGUCGCCGAAGUCUCAACGUUGA